AAAAUAUGAAUUGACAUUAAAUGUAAUAUAUGAGUUAUUACCAUAUUUUAAAAAGUUUACCAAAAAUAUAAAUUAACAUUAAAUACAAUUGUCCAUGUCAUAUUAAGCUAUAAGACAUGUCAUCAAUUUCAGUAGUCAUGUCAUAUUUGUUUUGUGAAAUUGAUUGUAGAAAGGACAUAUGGUAAAAUCACUUCGCAAAUAUAGUCUAGGAAAUUAUUUGUUAUUAGGAAUUUCGGAGUAAAAAUGCUGAGUUGUUUUAAGUACUACUAAAUACUUAGAGAAACCCGGAAAGAAAAGUGGCAUGCAUGAGCCUGCUACAGUUGUACAAGAUUGUCAAAAUAUGAUGAGAUCUAGGUUUUGUUAAAGGAUGAUCACUAAACUUGUAUUGACCAAUAUAUGACUUCAAACUCAAAAGCCAAAUGUCUCUUCAUGACGAAGCCACAUAAUGGGAGAAGGAAAAAAAGCUGUACAAGAAGAUAACCACAUUUAAGUUGUUUCCUAAGUUCUCAACUAAGGCAACUUGGCACUCUAUCCGCGAGGCAGCUCCUACAGUCCAGUGGUACUCAUUGGUCUGGUUUAAGGAGAAGAUUCCAAGAUGUUCCUUCAUUACUUGGAUGGCUAUGCUUUCACGGCUGCCUACAAGGGAUCAACUUGCUUCUUGGGGAAUUGACGUUCCCUUGCAGUGCGUCCUUUGCUCUUUGGAUCAAGAAUCUCAUCAGCACCUAUUCUUCGGGUGUCCUUUUGUGGUUGCUGUCUGGGCGCGAUUCACUGGUCAUGUUAUUCCCUCUCCUCCUACAACGCUGCAGGCAGUGGCUGGUAUUCUCUCCCAUUAUCAGGUGGCUUCUUCCGUGUCUCUACAAGGGGUGAGUAAGCUCUUGCUGCAAUGUAUUAUCUACUGCAUCUGGAGAAAGAAGAACUUUCGCAUAUUCCAGCAAACGUCAACGUCUGAAGCUGGUGUUAUUGCGCGUGCUGAUCGCCUCAUGUGUGAUCGUCUCAUUUCCCUCCCGCCAUCAUCUGCUGCUACUCACUCUCCCCCGCAAGUCUGCUUCUGAAUUCCUCCACCGGAUCCUUAGAUGAUCGCUUAGAUCUUCUUUGCUUGUAACAGUUUGCUCUGUCUUUGUUCCUUUUUGUAAUAAGUGGAUCCUCUCGUACAAUGUAAAAGAAAAGUCUUGGUAUGAAUUUAACAUUUACACCAAAAUUUUUUUUUUUUUCCAUCUCUAUUAUUUCAUACAAAAAUAAAAUCCCGUUAUCCAUUUGAAUUCACAUAUAUUCUAUAAAAAUUAUUGACUUUGUUGAAUUUUUUCUACAUAUCUAAUUAUUUGCUUCCGUAUAUGUAGGUGUAUAGCAUUUUUGACUCUUAACCGGUAAUAUGAAUUAGUUGGAUCUGUAUCAUUGCCAAGUAAAACAUGGAAAAAAAAACAUAACAUGUUGGACUGUAUUAGCAAAGAUCCUCGUGCUUCAUUCCAAAUUUCCAAGAUAAUGGACGCCAAUGCCUUUCACAAUCAACAGGAGUUUUGAUUCGUACAUUAUUAGGGAUAAAUGUCCCACAUCGGAUAUUAGAAGGGAUCCUUAGCAAUAUAUAAGAUGGAUGGGCCACUCCACUUAGUACCAAUUGGUUUUAGGUUUGAAGUCCAUCUAGCUUAACAUGGUAUCAGAGCCUGAUCCACGCAGUCCAAUCCGAUCCAUUAUCGAUCCAGUCCAAAGUCGGCCCAUCGAUCCUUGCCCGAAUAUUCCGAGAUUGAUGCUCAAAGAGCCAUCAUCUCGAGGGGGCGUAUUAGGGAUAAAUAUUCCACAUCGGAUAUUGAAAAGGAUCCUUAGCAAUAUAUAAGAUAGAUGGGCCACUCCACUUAGUACCAAUUGGUUUUAGGUUGGAAGCCCAUCUAGCUUAACAUAUAUACUUCCAAUUUCUCUUAUACUGUUUAGAUGAUAUUUUCGUAUAAAAAAGAAGAAGACAUCACUAUAACGAUCUAGCUGUCAUCUUUAAUGAUAGAAUUAUCGUGCCAAUAAGCUUGAAAUCGGUGAUUAUUGAGUCAAUUUGUUGAUUAGAUAGGAAAUUAUGAAAUGAGUUGGCACAUCGUAUCGGUGUAAAUCUCUAUUUGCUUUUAAUCCUUCAGAGACUCGGGAGUUAUCUUAAAGGCUCGUAUCAAACCACAUGCAAUCACAUUGUAAAACGACGCCGUCUUUUUGCCUUUUUGUGAUUGCUUACCAUUUUCAAGCCCAAUAGGGCCUAAUGUUGGACCACCACAUUUAAGCCUUUCACAAUAGUAGACUAUUUUGUCAAGUACACUCUUUAAAAUUUUAAGGACGUCACCAGAUUUGCAAUAGUAAACUAUUAUCAUUUUAUCAAUCGAGCAUCAAAUUAAAUUACUAUAUGUACUCUAGAUUAGACGCUCAUGUUUUCUUAUGCCACGUGAAAUAGAUUGUUAGACAAAAAAAGGUGAAAAGGGUAAGAAAAUGUUGGGAUUAGGAAAGAAGAGUUGUGAGAUGAAAAAAAAUGGGUAAUUUUUUUUUUGUUCAAUAAAAAAAAGGGUAAAUAAAAUUAUAACAUCACGAAUGAAAAAGAAACAUUGAAAAAUAGCUUUCAUCUGUUCAUCGAGUCCACGGAUUUCAGUGAUAUACAAAAAAAGAGAGUUUAAACUAAUUAAUAAAUAUAAUGCGACAGAGCAGGGAGAGAUACACAGGAGAUGAGGGAGCUACAGUUUUGUUUCAGCCGUACUAUUUUGUGUUCUUCUGCUUCGGAUUCUUUAAAGUUUCAGAAUCUAACUGCUUCAAUCAACCAAAAAUAUGAAAAGACUUUGAUCAGACCAAGAUUUCAUAUAAUAUAUGUUUGUGUGAUUCUUUGCUAACUUCUUUUUUUUCUCUCUCUACGAUAUAGUUUUAAGGUUUUUUUCGAUAUGUCUAAUCAAAAUAUAGAAAGUACCUCGGUUUAAAGUUUCGUGGACUAUUUAGCGAGGUUAGAAGAUUCCGUUUAUUUAUUUUUUGUUAAAAAAAAAAAGAAGAUUCCGUUUAAACAGUUACAGUCGACAAUCAUGUUAAUCUAAUUAUACUGAUGCAGCAAUAGAGAAAACAAGUAUCUUGUCUAUAGAAAAUCGUUGCAAUUAAUCCAAUAGUUUAAUUUAUAGCACAAACUUUAAAACCAAUGUCCUUUGUCUAUAGGAAAGCUGGUCAAAUGUUUCAGAUCGACAUGUACAAGAGAUCAUCUUACUUUUUUUGUUUCAGCCAUGAAAAUAACUGGUUUUAACAGCGAAACUCAAAUAGACUCACUUAAUAUUAAUGAAACAAAAACACUAAAAACUCUUACUAAAGAAGCAUAAAUUAAUUUUUAAAAGUCCUUGUUACUUUUCAGAAAAUAUUGAAAUCCUAAGAGCACCUCCAAUAGAGAAUUUAAGAACUUUUGUCUAUGGGUUCCACAAAAAUUAUGGACCCCACAAAUACUUAUACCUAUAUAAUAUAUACAUACAUAGAUAUAUACAUAAUACAAAUUUUAAGAGUUCUAAUAAGGGCAUCUUUAUCGGGGUUUCUAACCCCUGUCUCUUAUGUUAAUUAACAAUUAAAAAAAAAUGAAAAAUAGAAAAAGAGCAAAACACGUUGCUUAAACAAGCCCCGGUAGGAACGUCGCUUAGAGACAGGUGUCGAAAGAAGACUGAGCGAAGGAGAGGUGGUGUUUCGGCCUUCUCGGGUUCUCUCUCAUUUGUUUGUUUUGCCUCGACGAAAUCGUGUCUCUCUCUCUCAAAACCUCUCCGCGGUGGAGCGGAUCUUCUCUGGCUCGUCUCCUUCGGUUGAUCUCGCCGGCGAUCUAGGUCUCCUCGGCGUUCUACCUCUCUCGAUUCUUCUCGCUGAGGAACCCUUUGGGCUUCUCUCUCUUGAUUCCCUUGGUCCGUGGGUGGUCUCUUCUCUGGCUUGUCUCUCUCGGUGGCUUUCGUCGGCGUUGUCUCUCUUCUUGGCGCUGUAUCUCUCUCGAUUCCUCUCCUAUGGGUCACCCUUUGGCCUUCUCUCUCUCGAUUCCUCUCGUCAGUGGAAAACAACUAAUCUCGAAUGUAUCUUUCAAUUUGUUAUCGUUUUUUUUACUUAUCUUUGUUUUGAAGUUCUAUAUUAAAAUCUAUGUUUAAAUUUUUUUCUUUUCUAAUGUUGUAAUUUAAUAAAUAAAAUCUUUUCUUAAAAAAAAGGAAAAAAAAUCUGUUUUUUAAGAAUCCCUAAACAAGAGACUUGCAAUGGAAGUGCUAAUUAUACGGGUUUCUUAGUUAGGUCUCUAACCUCACUUUAACUAAUUAAAAUUACUAAAAAAAUACUAAGAGACCCUAUAGGGGCUUUAGGAUAAAGAUGCUCUAAGGCCAUCAUUAUCGUAAGGUUUUAAAGAGGUUCUUAGUGCCUUUUUAAUGAGGGGCCCCACCAAAAUGUUAAGAAUCGGUUUUAGAAAGCCCAAAAUAAAAACCGAAUUUGUAGGGGUUUUUGCACUGUUCGCGGGCUCCAUCGAUACGUGGUAGCCCGCGAUUGAUGCGCUUUUUAAUUAUUAUUAUUAUUUUUUUCAGACAAAAAAAAAAAAUAAGAAAACCUUUCACGGUUUUAGGGAUAAUGAUGGCCUAAGAGCACUUUCAUCGAGGAGGAUUUCUACGGUAUCUUAACAUUUAAGAAAAAUAAAAAAGAAAAUAAAAUAGAAAAGAGAAAACCAAUUAUGCAAACACAUUUGAAUCCACUGUUUUCGUACUCAUUGGACAUAUGGUCAUAUGUAAGUGGUCUAGACUUUUUAAAAGCAUUAACUUUUAAUUAUACAAUUUUGUUUGUUUAGAAUAUUAUUAUUUUUUAGUUUAGAAACUUAUUUGUAGAUACUAACCAUUAAAGGUACUCUAAUUUACAUAAAUCCCAAAUAGAUAUAAAAAUUAAAUAAUAAAGAUCAAAACACUUGAUUUUUUUUUUACAAAAUCAUGUUUUCACAAUACAUAUCACAGAAAUUUAAUAUCCUCAUUAGUUACGUUAAUAAUAUUCAAACACAGGGGUAACCUCUUUCAAAGAGAAAAAAAACUUAUACCACAUGCAUUUAGCAUUAAUUGUAGCAAUGAAGCAAAGCAGAAUGUAUACUUUUCGUCCAACUUUAUAUUCCAGUUCCAUUAACAAGCAAAUAAGUAAACUUCCCCACUUUCCUUAGAUUUUAAACUAAAGUAAAAAAGUGUGAGAAUAGAUUAGGGUAUCUUUUGGCAGGACAGAUUUAUUUAAAAUUUAAUAUGGGAACUUUAAUAAUAUCAUCAUCACUGAGACUAUCACUAUCUCAGUAAGUUGGUUCAGAACUCAGAUGAUGAAAGCGGAGAGAGACAGAAGCUUUCGCAUCUACAGUUAACGCCACGUUUCUCCAUGUCUAUUGCCUUUCUUUUGUAUCAGAGCGUACUCUCACCUUUUUCUUUAGGUUUGUGAAUUCUGAGGAGAGUAAAUGUUCACUCAGAUAAUAUAUAUAUAUAUAUAGUAUAAAUAUAUUUAAUAGAUUAGAAGAACUGAAAGAGAGAAGUCGUGAAACCAAGGAUGGUUUUGAGAUCCUAGAAAGUAGUAGAGCGAGUUCCAAGUGAAAUAGUACAUUCUUUGCUAAUAAUGAGUGACAGAUUCCCACAUCAACUUUUUAAUUUAUACAGUAACACUUUCCUCACGUUAAAUUAACAUAUGUGUAUCCAUGUCCGAUAUUUUCGAACGUGUGGUUCAUUCGGUUUUUCCGUGGAUCACUUGGUAAUACAAAAUUCAGAUGUGAUGGUUCACUUGGUAAUGGUUCAUUCGGUUUUUCUGUCUAGUAUAUGGUAACAUGUAAAUAUGAUUCAUUCGGUUUUGCUUAGCAAAAAAAAAUGAUCCAUUCGGUUUCUAUCUAGUACUAUAUGAUAAUACAAAAAUUCAAAUUUUUCUUGAUAAGGCUUACACAGCUAAGAUAAUAAGAAUAUGCAUUGUUUGCAUAUUAGUUUUAUUUCUUACUUAUGCGGCUGAAACCAAGUACGAAUACUUUAAUUUUUGUUAACUAAUGGAGUUCCAAACUUUAGAUUUUACAUUUCUUGGUCUAAUAUCAUAUAGUAUAAUAGAUUUUUGAAACACAAAAUUUGUUUCAAACCCAACGCUACAUUAAUUUGAACUACGACUGAAAAAAAAUUCUUGGUUUUUUUUGCUUUUUUUUUUGGUUGUAACGUCACCCAUGGGGUUCCAUUCAUUUAAAAUGAUAGUCGUCUUUGGGUUAUGUUUGAUAAAAAAAGCUCAUUCUAUAUAUCAAUUGUAGUUUAAAAAAAAUAGAAUUCUAACUCUAUCCUAGAAAUAAUGUACUAACGAAGGGAACAUUAAAGAUUACCAGUAUAUAUUUCAUAUCCAAACGUUAAAAGAUGCAUCCUAUAAACAUUACAGUUGAAUCAUGACUAAUGUGUAUAUCUUAUGUUUGGCACUAAACAUGGGUCUGCAACUCACUCACUCAUCAAUUUACGAGGAUCGAACAAAAGCGAAAGUAAGUACAAAAUAAACGAACCAUUUAUUACCAAUUCGUCCAGCCUCCAUUGUCUUUCUCCACCAUUUACCCAAACCCCAUCUUUCUCUUUUAUAUCUCCUUCUCUCUCCUCAAUGUUUAAUGAUAACCAAUAUUGCAUCCCCGGCGACGAAGACUCCGUCGUCCUCCGCCUUGGACCUCCUGGUCAACAAUACCCUAACAAUCACAAACCCACCAGCACUAAACCUUCUCCGAAUCACGAAAUCGAUCAUAAUCUCCCUUUAACAAACCCUAAUGACGUCACGGUUGCUCUUCAUAUCGGACCUCCGGUUUCCGAAAAAGAAACCAGCGGGGACAACCAUGAGGGUUUGACGGCGAGGCAGGGACAGUAUUGGAUUCCUUCUCUUUCUCAGAUCCUUGUCGGUCCCACUCAGUUCUCUUGUUCUGUCUGUAACAAAACUUUCAACCGCUUCAAUAACAUGCAGAUGCAUAUGUGGGGUCAUGGUUCGCAAUACCGAAAGGGUCCAGAGUCGCUGCGAGGGACGAAAUCAUCAUCUUCGAUACUAAGGCUGCCAUGUUACUGUUGUGCAGAAGGUUGUAAGAAUAACAUAGACCAUCCAAGAGCAAAGCCUCUCAAAGACUUUAGAACGCUCCAAACGCAUUACAAGCGAAAGCACGGAGCGAAACCUUUUCGUUGCCGCAAAAAGUGCGAGAAGACAUUUGCAGUGAGAGGCGAUUGGAGAACGCACGAGAAGAAUUGUGGAAAGGUGUGGUUUUGCGUUUGCGGAUCGGAUUUUAAGCAUAAGAGGUCUCUCAAAGAUCACGUUAGGGCUUUUGGAGAUGGUCAUGCGGCUCACACGGUAGGUGAUCGUGUUGUAUCCAUUGGAGAAGGAGAUGAAGAUGAUGAUGAUGAUGACGAUCAUAUGGAGGAAGAAGAUGAACGAGAUGAUGAUGAAGAAGAAGAAGAUGGUAAUGGAGAAAGUGGUCGUGAAGAGAAGAACUACGGGAUUAGAUAUGAACACUUUCGUCGUUAUGGUCAAAUUUCUAAUGACAACCACUAAUUAAAUGACCAUUUUACGAUCCAUGGGUGUUAACUAGGGUUUGUUUAAGCGAGAUGUGUUUGAUAUUAUAUUUUUCAUCACGGUUAGUGAAUUUUAAAGUAUCUUUUAGUAUGAAUUCCCGAAAUAAAUGUCUAGUGGAUUCGGAUUUUAAGUGCGUCUAACCUUGUCAUAGCUCCAUGCCUCCAUGAUCCAUCAAACAAUUUCUGCCUUUUUAGUAAUAAACUUUUCUUACCCAAAAAAAAUAAUUGGUUAUCUAUAAUAAUUAAUCGGUUUGCAUUUUCUUUUGUAACCGAGAGAUAUCUCAGAUCAAGGUCCGACUGUAAUGUGUAAACUUUAUAGAGCACCGCAAGUUUUUUCUUCUUGGAUCUAUAACAUUAUUUACAUGCUAGGAAAUAUAUGGACAUGAAAGUUGGGAUUUAUAUACGAGCAAUCCCCAAUAUUCAUAUUUCUUUAGUGUUCUCCUAAAUUGGACUACAAAACGAUGAUUUAUUAAAUGAGACCUAAAAUUUUAAUAAAAAUAUAUAUGAUGCAGUGGCUAUAAAAGAGUGCACCUCUGGUGAUAAAUAAUGGAGGUAACAUACAAUGGUAAUUAAAUCGUCGAAAGUGGCAGUUCGAAUUAUCCAAACACAGAAACUGUCUGUUGUCACUUUAUGUAGUGAUGUCUAACGUUACACACAUUUGUUGUCUAUGUUACACUUGGAGAGAGAAAUUUCACGACUCUUAGGUUACUUCAGUUUCUCUGUCACUCUCCCUCCCUGUCUCAUUUUCUAUAUUUUAUCUAAUCUUUUCUCUAUCGCAUCGUGUUGUAAGUGAUUUUUGUCAAAAAAUGCAAAGUGAUUAUUUUUUCAAACACACUGUUAUAACCAAAAAACUACGUAAUCUCUCAGACUACUUGUCAGAAAUAUCUUGAUUCGAAUAUAAAUAAAAUGUCGUGUAGAAUUUUAGUUCCAAACUUUGAGUAAACUGGAUCCAGUAAGGUACGGAGUAUAAAAUGUUGUUUAGGAAAUUGUAAACUGGUAGAUAUUAAUUUCAAAAAAGAAAAAAAAAACUGAGAGAUUGUAAGGAGUACCUGACUAAAGUAAGUGGAUACUUUUUUUUUAAACACUAGUAAUA